UGUACUUUUGGUAGACGUGUUAGGUUAGAAAAUAAAGUUGGGUGAUUGCUGUUUAAUUCCAUUAUUUAAGAACUAAUAUAUUUCCCCUGGAGAAAAACAGAAAUACUCUUCAUCAGUAUUGUUGUUACUCGGUCUAACAUUGGACAUCAUUAUAUUAUGGUACUGAUAAAAUAUAUAUUUUAAGACAAGUUUCGUUUGCUUCGAAGAUGUCUUGUUCAGCAAUAUAUAUCCUUGAUGUGAAAGGUAAAGUCUUGAUAUCUCGUAACUAUCGUGGAGAUAUAGACUUGGGUGUGAUUGAAAAAUUCAUGCCUCUCUUGAUGGAAAAAGAAGAAGAAGGAUUGCUGACACCUAUUUUGCAAACAACUGAUUGCACAUUUGCAUAUAUAAAAACUAACAAUUUAUAUAUUGUAAGUACAACAAAAAAAAAUGCCAACAUUGCAUUAGUGUUUGUAUUUCUACACAAAAUUGUGCAGGUUAUGACAGAGUACUUCAAGGAGUUAGAAGAAGAAAGUAUAAGAGAUAAUUUUGUGGUAAUAUAUGAGUUACUAGAUGAGUUGUUAGAUUUCGGUUAUCCGCAAACUACAGAUAGUAAAAUUCUACAGGAAUACAUUACACAGGAGGGACAUAAGUUGGAAAUUCAGCCGCGUAUACCGGUGGCAGUUACCAAUGCAGUAUCUUGGCGUUCUGAAGGAAUAAAAUAUAGGAAGAAUGAGGUAUUUUUAGAUGUUAUCGAGUCUGUUAAUCUUUUAGCUAAUGCAAACGGAAAUGUAUUAAGAAGCGAGAUAGUGGGGGCAAUAAAAAUGAGAGUCUAUUUAUCUGGAAUGCCGGAACUAAGAUUGGGCUUAAACGACAAAGUAUUAUUUGAAAGUACUGGCAGAGGCAAGUCAAAAUCUGUUGAGCUCGAAGACGUGAAAUUUCAUCAGUGCGUAAGGCUGUCUAGGUUUGAGAUAGACAGAACCAUAUCUUUCAUUCCCCCAGAUGGCGAAUUUGAAUUAAUGUCAUAUAGAUUAAAUACCCACGUUAAACCCUUAAUUUGGAUUGAAUCGGUAAUUGAGAGACAUGCCCACAGUAGGGUAGAGUACAUGAUUAAAGCAAAAUCGCAGUUCAAGAGGCGAUCAACCGCUAAUAAUGUGGAAAUUGUAAUUCCGGUGCCCCACGAUGCUGAUUCUCCCAAAUUUAAGACGACGAUAGGCAGCGUUAAAUAUGCUCCCGAGCAGAAUGCAAUUACCUGGACCAUAAAAUCAUUCCCCGGUGGUAAAGAAUACCUUAUGAGGGCUCACUUUGGGCUACCAAGUGUAGAAUGUGAAGACACUGAGGGUAAACCGCCAAUUCAAGUUAAAUUUGAAAUUCCAUACUUUACCACAUCCGGUAUCCAAGUGAGGUACUUAAAAAUCAUCGAGAAGAGUGGCUAUCAAGCUUUACCUUGGGUUCGUUAUAUCACCCAAAAUGGUGACUAUCAGCUUCGUACCAAUUAGUUAUUAAAUAAAACUUCAAUAUAUAUUUUUCUUGUAUUGCACUGUAACUUUUUAAUCAAGCAAUUUAUGUAACUGAUAGAAAUCAUAUUAUACUAUUUCUAAUAUUUUAAUAAAGCUAUUUAUU